GUAUGUCAUCAUCAAUUAAUCCAUCUCCGGAAUAGGUCUCCUUCAGAAUUUCUUAAACAAAUGGCAGUGCCAAGAGCACACAAGCUUGUUGAGAAAUCUGAGGUUGCUCCAGCAACAACGAGAACAACCUCGUCUCUUCCCCUCUCAUUCCUUGACUUGCCUCUAGCAGGUCCUAUUUAUGUGAGACGCCAAUUCUUCUAUCACUUUGCACACCCCACACACCAUUUCUGUCAAACCACACUCCCCACUCUCAAACACUCACUCUCUCUCACUCUCUCUCACUUUUUUCCUCUCGCUGGCAACCUCCUCUGUCCUUCACCACCCCACAAACCCUUCAUUCGCAACACCAAUGAUGACACUGUCACCUUAACAGUCAUUGAAUCCGAAGCUGAUUUCAAGCUCCUCUCAUCCAACCACCCCAAGAGUCUCAAAGAAUUAGAUCACUUGGUUCCAGAGUUGAGUUUCUCAUUCUCAACCAUGCAUGAUGACACGUUCAUUUUCCCUAUAAUGGCAUUGCAAGCCACGGUUUUCCCAAACCAUGGCCUUUGCAUCGCCAUCACGUACUGUCAUGCGAUUGAUGGUAAAUGUUGCAGUCAUUUCAUGAAGUCUUGGUCUUCCAUUUGUCGAAGUGGUGGAGUUGACUUUACUCUUUUGGAAAAGUCACCACCUUGCUUUGAUAGGGAAGUGUUGAAGGACCCCAGAGGACUCGAGGCCAUUUUCUUAAGACAGUAUUUUGAAGAGAGAACAACUUGGAAGGGCAAACUCGGUGGAAGAAAAGAUGAUAGCGAUGAAGACUUUGUUAAGGCAACUAUUGUUUUUGGAAAAGAUGAUACUGAGGGCUUAAAAAGAUGGGCACUGACUCAGUGGAAGAAAAACAACGAGUUCAACUCGCCCCAAAAUCUGUCAAAGUUUGUGGUGACGUGUGCUUUUGUGUGGGCUAGUUUGGUUAAAACAAGAUGCAGAAACUAUGAUGAUGAAGAAGAAGAUGUCAAAGAGGAGUACUUUCGUUUCGCUGCUGAUUGCAGAGAUCGCCUUGGGUACCCUAUACCAGAAACUUACUUUGGAAACUGCUUAACGCUAUGUUAUGCAAUACUUAAGAGAAAAGACCUCAAGGGAGAAAGUGGUUUUGUGAAUGCGGCCAAGGUAAUUGAAAAGUCAGUGAGUGAUAUGAAAAUUGAUCCUUUUAAAGAUGCGGAACAUUGGAGGGAGUUGUUUUUGAAGAUGUUUGUGUUGGGAAGUGCACUGCUGGUUACAGGGUCACCCAAGCUCACUGUUUAUGAGACUGAUUUUGGAUUUGGAAGGCCUACCAAAGUGGAAAUGGUACAUCCCUUCAAUUGUAUGUCUCUGGCUGAAAGUGAAGAUGAGGAAGGAGGACUCGAGGUUGGCUUGGUGUGUAGAAGUACAGAGUUUGAAGAUUUAAAUUCUGUCAUUCAACAAGGACUUAAAACUUCAAAAUCCUAAAUCCAUUAGUGUGAUAUUUAAAUAAAAAUCAAAGCAUGGGUCUAUCCAAAAGUUAAUUUUGAGUUAAUAAGUGGUCAUGGUUGAUUUUAACUUUCCUCGACUUUACUAAGGAUGUUUGAAUUUAUGUUUAGUAACAUGGUUAUCUAGUUUCAUUUCUAA